AUGAGCACUCCUAACCCCAACGGAAAAAAACUCCCUAACGCCGCUCUCUACGCCAUGGCUGGAUCUUCGAAAAUGACCCCCGCAGCUAUAGCUGCAUCGAAAGGUGGCGGACCCUUCACAAAUAAAGGCCCCACAAGUCACCCAAUGCAACUGUAUAGGAACUUCCAGCCGACGGAAGAAGAGAAGGCGAAGCAGGAAGAGGCGAGACUGGCAAAGGAGAGGGCUAAGAAAUGGUAUCUUCCCUCUCCGUCGUCCUCGCUGAACUUCAAGCCUCCAGACUACAUCUCAACAUCCACUCGCAAAUACACACUCUACCAAGCACCACACGCCUACCCAGCAAGCAAAACUAAAUCCCAGCAAUAUACCAUGGGUAGCCUCAACGACGAUUCGAGGCUUCCUGGCCCGCAGCACUACGCAAUUGCGAAAUCCACAAACACGACUGUUGAGAAAAUGGCCAAGGCGGCAAGUAAAAAGAGCAGUGGCAGCGAGAAGAGCAGCAGCAGCAAAGGCCCAACGAGUCACCCGAGGCAAUUGGACAAGAACUCCCCAGAAACCCCUAAGCUUAAGAAGGAUGAUGGAAAGAAGGCGGAGAGGGAGAGGCAGGAGAAACCAGAGAAGUACGAGAAGAAGAAGAAGGAAGGGUUGAGAAAGACGAAGUCAAGCGCGCUCCUCUUCACCCACGGGCAGUUCACUUCUGCCCGCGCGCAGUCAAACCAGCUUCUCGUUCAAUCACCCUCCACCUCCAACCCCAAGAGCACCGCCGCGCGCGCCAUGGACAAAUCGACAUCGAAGGAGAAGAUCCACGGCACGUCCAAGAGCAGCGGGCCAACGAGUAAUCCGGGCUCACAGAAGAAGGCAUCAUCGGGGAAGAAGAGUGGAGUAGCCAUUGCGAAAGGAGAUGAGGUGACGAUGCCAUAUAAGGGAUGA